AAUACAAAAUACAUAAUGGCGUCGUCGUCGUCGCUGCAGACGCUCGUUGUUCGCACUGCGCCGCUGCCUGGAUUCGUCCCAAGCACAGCAGCACCAUUGCCCUCAUCAUCAUUAUCAUCAUCAUCAUCAUCAUCAAUGGCCGGACAGUCGCUGACGGCUGCUGCUGCUGCUGCUGCGGGCGACGUUGUGGUUGAAAUCGCCGCGUCCGCUUCCCUCCGCGACGUCAAGCAGCGCAUUGCCCAGACGCACCCGCUCAGGCCGCCCGUCGAUGCGCAGCGACUCGUGUAUGCAGGCCGCGUGUGGACCGACUCGGCCACCGUGCGCGACAUGCUCCAGUCGCCGCUCGCGCUCCACCUCAAGGCGCAGCACAGCCAGCCAAUGCUCGUCGUCCACCUCAUCCUGCCCGCCAGCAUCGCCAACCAACACCACCACAACCACCACAACCAACACCACCACCAGCAGCAGAAGCCUACUCCGACACCACAGUCAAGCACAAAUCCGGCGAAUUUGCCAUUGCCAUUGCGCGCCGAUACCUCAACAGAUACGACUAUCCAAGCUCAAGCUCCUCCUCACGACGCGACGACUCCUUCGAGAAACACUCUGCACGAUGCGAUCGCCGCAGCACAUUUGCCAAACGCACAUGCUGCAAUGUACAGCCAUGCGCUGCUCAUCCAGCAGCAGCAGCAAAAUCUCAUGCUGCAGCACCAGCUGCAGCAGAUGCAGGCCAUAUACAUGCAGACGAUGAUGCCGCCGUUCGCUUCCCCGUUCGUCAUGUCACCCCUGCACGCUGCUCCUCCGCCCGCGCUCGUCGAUCCGGCACUCUUCCCCCAGCCAUUCAUGCAAGCUCCGCAUUAUCCCUUCAACCCAGUCGAAGAGCCGCUUGUGGCGCCGGAGCCGAUCGACCCCGCCGUCGCUGAAGCCAUGGCCGAAGAGGAGCAGAUUGUGCGGGACGCCGAGAUUGCAGCGGCAUUAGAGGACGAAAUGGAGCCCCGAGAGGGCCCGCUGUCACUUUUGAUCAAGCUGGUCAUUGUCGGAUACAUUCUCACCCAAAACGCCAGCUUCUACAAGAAGGCAGCCGUGCUCAUCAUUGCCAUUCUCAUUUUCAUUGUCCAGUCUGGGCUUCUUCGACGACGACCGCAACCUCAACGCCGCCAACAGCCUCCGCACCCUCCAGCUCAAGCAGCGCCGGUCGCUGCUGGUGGUGGUGGUGCUGGUUCUGCAGCAGCAAAUGUGCCAGCUGGCGACACACCUGAUGCCGCCAAUGCAGUGCCUGCUGCACCCGUCAUGCCACAAAGCACCACCUCCUUCACUGCUCCGCUCGGUGGGGCGAGUCCUAUAUCUGUUUGUCUCUUCGCUGUUUGUUGAGGCCGUUCCUCAACCACUUUAACUUUGUUGUGGCGAAGCGUCUUAUCUAUUUCGGUGCAUAAAAGAAGCACUUCUUGAUCGACUGACGGGCUCAACUCGUCGUCCUGCAAAUAAACAAAUCCAGCCCA